GAUCAGCCGGAUCUCCAAAACCGAACAUCAUCGUCCUUCCAGUAUUUAAAGUGGAGCAAGGCAGGGGCUUUCCACUAUGGUCGCCUUGGUACUUGGCGUGCUAAAAUAUGCCUUUGUCUUUAGUUAUGGCUUGUUCACGUUGACUCGCUACGGAGUGGCAGCAGUUUUAAGUGGAUACUUUUUCAAAAAAACCACCGAGAAAGAUACCUUGGAUUUGCAGCUUGCUCGCAAUCGACUGUGGGACCUCUCGAAAAAAUGGUUGGCCUUUUCGCAUCAGAUGCUUACUUUACAAAACGGUUUCAAAUUCCACUAUGUCUGCAAUGAGCCUAAUGCUAUUCCCAGUGCCCAGAAACCUUUAGUUAUCUUCAUCCAUGGAUUUCCUGACAGCUGGGCGAUAUGGCGUCAUAUCUUAAACGUAGAGUCUCUCCAAGAUGCCGCUACCGUGGUCGCGGUCGACCUACCUGGGUAUGGUGGAAGCGAAGGUUUGAGCCGGUACUCUGCAACCCAGGUUCUGGAGAACUUGACGGAGUUUAUCAUCGCUGUGAGAGCAAAGUACGGCAUUGAUGGCACUAAUGGCACCAGACAGCAAAGAACAAUAAUUGUUGGGCACGAUUGGGGAUGUCUGAUCUCCAUGCGUCUUGCGGCUGACGCUCCCCAGCUAGCUGAUCGGUUCAUUUUGACGAAUGGCCCACUCAUACCUCUGGUAGUUUCUAAUGGCCGAUACAGGCUGUCUUCAUCAUUAAAGAUGUUCAAAACUUUCCUACAUUCACCGAUCCAGUCACGUUCGCUAUUUUCCAAUGCACUACGAUCGCUCAAGCCUGUAUUCCAACAGAUAUGGCUUUCCGGGUACAUUUUUGCUUUCCUUCUUCCUUCAGCUUUCGUUGAAUACCUUGGCGCAGGGGGGAACUACUCGUUUCUAAAACUGAUUCAUAUCAUGUCGUAUGGCAAGCAAGAGUUUACUCCUACAGAUGCUGCAGAGUGCAUGGCAAGCACUAUCGGACCAUCUGCUCACGAAUGCAAGACAAAAACUGUGGAUGACGAGGAGUAUCCAAAGUCACUUGCAUACAAGCGUGUUCUCUCGAAUUUCCUAGAAAUGACUAGUUAUUAUCGCGACAACACAGCUGUUUCUCGCUGGCGCAAGUCCGUUGAGACAAUCACCAGCCUACACAGCAUUAGGCAAGGGAAUGAGGACUGCCGAGUUGGCAGCGGAGCCGGACUAUUUGAUGACGGACCGACCGGAGGCCUGAAGGCCAGCACAACCGUCCUCUGGGGGAAGGCGGAUACUGCCCUAAACCCGCAAUUAUGUCUAGACGGAAUUUCUGAGUACCUUGUUAAGGAUAGUCACGUUGUUGAGCUCCCGAAUUCUGGACAUUUCACGCCGUUGGAGCGGGAGAGCCGGAUUGCGAUCACCAAGACUGUUGAGUGGGCUGCAAAAGGGGAAAGGGAGGAUAUCGGGGCUAUUAUUCAGGCCUGCUAUCCAAGCGCAACUGUGACAGUUAGGAAGUAGAUUCAGGGGCAUGUGGGGUAUAAUUUCUUUUUGAUGCUGUUUUUCUUUGUUUUCUUGUGCGGCAACCCCCUCCCCCGGGGAUGAUGUAUCAAUAUCCGAGGGAGGGAAUGGAUAUGGCUUCAUAAGUCUAGUAGCAGAUAGAGGGUUGAAAACCUUAAAUACGGGGUAGAAUCUAGAUACACAAGCCCCCAUAAUAAAACACUAAUGUUAGUGAAUCGUAAU